CAAUCUCCCGACAAAACCUCAGGCUCAGUAAUGCUCGGUACACUGCAAUAGUGAGCCGUACCAUCCGUACCCUUUCUGCUGCUCAAGGAUACACAAAGCACAAAUCUGGACAUGGAGGAGGCCAACCUGCUGAAGGAGAGGCUCCAGGCCAUCAUGGACAAAAGAAGAAUCCAGGAAGAAAUUGCCAAGAAGAGGAGACAGAUAGAAGAAGAGAAGUUAAAACUCCAGUACAUAAAGAAGAAGGCUUUGAGGGAGCAGUGGCUGAUGGACGGUCUGAGUCAGCAGUCGGAGGAGGAGCAGGAGGCCAUGAGGCUUCAAGCUCAAGACGAACAGCAGCAGAGUGAUCACCUGCAGAGCAACAUCAUCAGAAUGGAGAAGGAGAUAGAGGCCUUGGAAGCACAAGAACUCAAUAUCUCUGCCAAUGAAGAAAUUGUGGUGAAGCGGUUAAAAGAGGUGGAGAGAACAGCUGAAGACAUUAUCAAGAAGGCUACCUCAGUGGAUAGAGAGGCAGAUGGAAAGGAACUGAAUAAAGGUUGCAGCACAGCUGAGGAUCACAACUCCAUGUCCAUCACCAUGGAAACAACAGAACAAUCAGCGUUGGAGAUGGAUUGUGAAGUGGAUGUUGGUAUGGCUGAUUCACCUAAGCAACAGGAUUUUAUUGCAGAUGAUGAGCUUGUUUGUUCAGCGACACCGCCAUUAGUCCCAGAGUCCCCGUUGGAAAAGGUAACGCUCGACACUUUAUUAACUGACAUGCCAAGCAGUAGAGACGCAAAUGACAAGCUUGACUGCUCUGACCCCAAUGUCUGCACUGAAACGGCUUGUCAGAAUCAAAAAGAAGCUUUGAUUUUGGAGCCGGGCUGUGAAGAGCUCAGCAGGAAUGAAUCAGUCACCUCAUCUGUGUCCGACCCACUCUCCAGUGUAGACAGUGUGUGUGAGAAUGACCCCCAACAUAAGAGGAGGAAAACACCAGAACUAGAUCCUGAGCAAGAACAGACCCCUGAGCUAGAACAAGAUGCUGUACCAGUACAAAGCCCAGAGCCUGGUGAAGAUCCUGAGGAACUAAGUCUUGAACUAGAGCAAUACCCUGAACCGGAGGAAUACCCUGAUCCAGAACGCAGUCCUGAACCAGAGCAAUACCCUGAGCCAGAGCCGUUCCCAGAAUCAACGCAAUACCCUGAACCAGUGCUAGACCCUGAACCAGAGCCAUUCCCAGAAUCAACGCAAUUCCCUGAACCAGUGCUAGACCCUGAACCAGAGCCAUUCCCAGAAUCAACGCAAUUCCCUGAACCAGCGCUAGACCCUGAGCUAGAUCAGUAUCCUGAGCCAGAGCCUGGGGCUGUUGACAAUUAUCUGCAUUCUGAACAAGAUGGCUAUCUAAAUCUGGAAAUAUAUAAAGACCCAGAGGCCCAAGAACUCAUAUUUGAACCAUCCGUCACAGAGGAGUCUAUGUUAGCACAGUGCAUUAGAGAAGAAGCUAUGUCAGAUGUCUCCACUGAAUCCUGCCAUGAACCUGGUCCUGAUGAAAUGGAAGAAUGCCUGAGAGUUGAGAUUGCAGCAGCAUCCUCAGAUAGUGAGAUGGAUGAAAAAUGGAGAACAAUAUUCUCCUCUUCUAUUAAUAAAGAAGAUGAUGAUUCAUAUUUGGAUAGUCUUCAGUUGAGUGCCCAGGAGCUCUUUGUACAAAAAGCUGAGAUGACAGGUGCUGAAGAGCAAGACAGCAACGCUUUUCAUGAAGUGUGUUUUGAGGUCCCGCAAGUGGAAGACAUUCUGGAACAGCCCGAGGUUAACAUUCCUUUCCCCAGCCCUUCACAAGAGGUUAAAUAUAACCCGUUAGGCCUUCAAGGCUUGUCUAAAAUAUCUGAAGAUGAGAGUGAGAAUGGUAAAGAUGCCAAUUAUAACCACAUCACUCACCAACCGCACAUCAGCGUAGAUGCAGUCAAGAAGCUACCUAAAGACUUCUGUGUGAUACAGGAAACCAAGAGUGAGAAUGUUAGUACAGAGCACGUGGACUUCCAGCUGGCUCGUAAACAGUGGCGGGAAAUGGAGGAACAAACCAAAAACAAGGUAGUCUUACCUACAACCAAGCAGCUGAGCUUCCACGGCAGCCACAGCUUCAUGUACACUCCAGUACGCAACAUUGACAGACCUCACAAGAAAGCACAUGAUCUGGAAAACUUAGAUCUGGUUGGGGAGUAUCCUCACACCCAAUUUAGCCCCUGCUCAGAGGAUUCUGGUUUGGAUGAUUCCAGUUACAGGUCCCCUUAUGAUGAUCCAGAAACAGUUGAAAGGGAUAUUCGCAUAUCACUGGAGAGGGAAGAAAAUUUCAAAAGGGAGAGGGGCCUUUCCAGGAUGGGCAAAUCAACUGAUUGUGCACCAUCAAGAAGUAUCCCUAGAUCAAUAAGCACUCCACUGACGCCAUCAUUCAUCAUCACCUCCUCACCUACCAAGGAGCCAUUGAAACAUGAAAUGUCAGCGAACAAUGUAAUUAUUCUGGACCCUAGCAAUGAUUUUACCUCUAGUCCCAGGCAUGUUAAAGACAACAUGAAAGCUCAGUCUAGUGAGUGGCACUCCAAAGAGACCAGCUCCAGUGUCAUCAUCCUGGAGACGUCCAAUUUGAUUAUUCGCAGUGCCUCUGAGUUCUCUCUCAGUAAAGCAUGUGAGCAGCCCCAGGAAAAAAUGUUCCUGAACAACCCAUUUUUCAAACUACGUUCAAGAAGCACAAUAUCCUUGGUGGAUGAAGAGAUCAAGAUGGUAAAGCAGAGGGAGGAUGAGCUGAAAAAGGAGAGGGAAAAUCUGUAUGCCAAAGACAGGUUCAGCGCAGAAAGAGUAUUGUCAAAUCGCAUGGAAACGUUGACCUUUAAUAACUCAGUUGAUGUUCCUGUGAAAUGCAAGUCGUCUCCGUCUUCACCAAUGAAAACCACCCACAGGAUGGAUCGUGCUGCUCUAUCGUGUGAUCACAGAGUCCAGUUUUGUGAAGAUGGUGGCACCGUGGAUGGGUUCAAGCAGAUGAUGGGACGGCUGCCAGUGAAUCCAGAAUAUAGAACAGAAUGGAAGCUGGGACCAGAGGAGGCGGCGCAGGGACCGGGAUCGGAGACUAAUGAAAAUAGGUGGGCUGAGACUUGAGACUCCUUUCAGCCCUCUCUCCCGCAGGCCAUUUUCAAUCCUAAGAGAGAGAGAGACCAGAUCCUCGAAGGACUCAGGCAUCUUGGGAGGCUAAGUUGUCCCACAUCUGAUCAUUCAGGCCCUGAAGGAAAAUACCCUGAAGGGCGCGAUCGGGUCAGCCUGCCUCAGCUGGCGUGGUGUGCAAAUUGAUCACAAAUUCCAUGACGCUUCUUGAGAAGGGUUGCAAAGAAAGCUAUAGGCACAAGGAGACAAGGUAAGUAUGCAACAAUCAACAGCAAAAUCACAAGGAAAUAGAGCCAUGUUGUCACCAUGAGUCGCUGAUGGACUGGAAAAGAAGAGAUGACCUCACUGGGCUUAAAUGCAGCCACGCUGAUCGUCACGGAAUGAAACAGGUGAGUGAGAGUGUCCAAGGUCCUGCCCAGGGGUGAAUCCGGGAAAACACAGGAGGAGAUGGAAAAACACUGGCCGUUCACACGGACCUUGACAUCAUGUGCCUCAUCACAUGAGCCAAGGUGCAAGAAUUCCUCCGUCUAACCUCACAAUAUAAUAAAAACACCAUAUUUGUAGCCAAAAAGGGGAGGUGCACUGUUAUUCUAAACUCAGCAGAUUAUUACACUAAGAGUUCUACACUCCUCAGAGACAACAGCACCUAUGAAGCCUUGUCCCACACUAGAGUUUGUUUUUCUUUUCUUUUCCACAAAAUUGACACCAGAUGUUCUGGUUUAUAUUUUCAUUCUCUCUUAUAUUUUUAGUAUUUUUUCUUCUCUGUCCUAAUUUUAUUAGAUAAAGAACUGAAGGCUCUGUUCCUCUUACAUGUCAGUAUUCUGGAAACCUCGAAUGGGAAUGUUUGUACCUGCCAAUACAUUUUUCUUUGUUCUGUAUCUCUAUGUGCAUUAUUUGUGUGUUGUUUCUGUUGUGAAAAUAUUACUGUGACAUUCAUAUCCACAGUGAGUGUAUGGAACUCCUGAUCACAGGUGUAUAUUUUAUGGCUUUGUUUGUUACAAUAGUGUUUAUUUUAGGCAGAAAAAACAGACUUGCUUAUUCAGGAAACCUUUUACAUCCUUUUUCUUUUCCUUUGUGGUGAAAUACUUUUACUAUGACAUUUCGCCCUCCAAACAAUUUAAACAGUAUGCUUGUUAUUUGUAGUAGCCAAAACUACAAGCUUUACAAAAUAAACUCAACUUCAUGCACCCGGCUGUAUCAUAUUUGAUGUCCAAUUUUCACCAUGAAUUUAGUAAAAGUUAGUAUGCCAUGCACAGUAAAGACAUGUCUCUUUAAGACAAAUAUUUAUAUUUAAGUAAUGGAAGCCAUGUUAAAUCAGUCUCACUCUGAAGGCAGUUAUCUUGCAUUAUAGUUUCGAUGAUGAUUUGUACGUCUGUAAAAAGUAUGUGCGUCAAAUAUAGCAGCAACUGGCAUGACAGGGUUGUACCUCGAAAAGAAAGCAGUCACAUCCUGUCUUAACUGACAAUAGUUUAAGUCACAAUAGAAUAACAGAAAGAAAAGGUAGUGGUUUAGAAGCUCGACUGUCAUUGCAAAACUUGCUUAUCCCAUCUUUAUUUUAAUAACCUGAGAGAGCUGGUGGAAGAGGUGGAGGGAGUGAUGUGAAUGCAGUAAACCAAUAAAGUGUCUUU